AAGAUGAAUGUUCGUCUGGUUGGAGGUUAAAACGCUGGUUUGAGUUAUCGAUUGGGACAUCUUAUUCUUCGUUUCGCGCCUGAAUCACAUAAGAAAAGGUACGAAAACUAUCAACAAACAGGACUAAUCUUAUCAAGGAGAUCAAUUACCACCUUACCGUCGUUGAUUAGUACACGUGUUACCGAACAGUAACGUAUUCCUCUCGUUAAUCGGUCGUGCGUGUAUUGGUCCUUCGUUAGGCUUAAACUGAAUAUCGAGAGAAAGAAAAAUGGGUCGUACUAAACUUUACGUCGGAAAUUUGCCGGAGAACUGUCCCCUGAGCGAUUUACAAUCGCUGUUCGAGCAACACGGUAAAGUAGAGGAGUGCGAUAUCGUCAAAAACUACGGUUUCGUUCACAUGUCGACUGAAGAUGAGGCCAAAACCGUUAUCGAGGCUUUGAACAACUUCGAGUUCAUGGGAUCCAAGAUAACCGUGGAAAUUUCGCACAGCAAAGUUAGACAAAAGCCGGGAAUGGGUGGAAAGGGGCAGUGCUACAGAUGUGGAAGACAAGGUCAUUGGUCGAAAGAAUGCCCCAAGAAUCCAAAUGCUCGCUUGGUAUACAAGUAUCAUAUGCAUCCUAUGCAUUCCCCUGGAGGCUAUGGUGAUCGGCCCAUGCCUCGCUACGGUGGCGGAUUCGUGGAACGCUCGUAUGGUCAGAGAUACGCGCCGGACAGAAUGAGACCCUAUCCGGAUCCCUAUGAACGGAGACAUGGUCCUCCUCACCCGUCGAUUCCGAGAGACGAUUACUACUACUACUAUUAUCGUCGUCCCUAUGAGGAGUACGGAUAUGCUCCUCCUCCUGCGCCUCCGCCGCAUUUGUCGGGGGGGCCCGCUCCGGGACCGCCUUCGGUGUCCAGACCUCCGGAGAGGUAUAACUUCACCGAUGACCCGACUUUUGAGUGACGGACGCAUCGUGGACGUGUUUUGAACUGGAGACUUUCUUUAAAUUUCGUGAAAAAAACGAAGUCUCCCGUUGGAAUAUCUUUUACUCUUUUGAACGUGUCAUCAAAAUUUGCUUGCUUUUUCUAUUUUUCGCUAUAUUGCACCCUAACCCUUCUGUUACCAUGUCAGCAAGGUCAGAAAAUCAUACUGACUUUAAAUCAUAAUUUUUAUAGGUCGUGGUAGUACUGUCGUAACGGUAUUAAACGGUUAUAGAUACAAAACAGUGGCACAAUGUGAUUAAUUUUUUUUUUCUUUUGUUUUUAUAGUAUUUCAUUUGUUAUAAUAAAUGCAUAACCAUCCAUUUUCAGUUAAAACUAUACAUUGUGUAAACAAAAAUAAAUUCUAAUCUGAAAGUGUUGCAACAAAUUUUGAAAUGACUGGGAUCUGUUAGGAUCAUUCGGGGGGUAUAUUUCAACAUUUUAAUUUCUUAUAACACAAUAAAAACUAAUUGCCACCUGUUUCAUUAAAUAUUGAUAAAAUCAAAUAAGAUGCAGAACUUUAUAUACAGUCAUAUUCUCUACAUCAUAAACAGCAUUAUAGGAAGAUUGUUUUGGUGUGGCUAAACUGUAAGUUUAUAUUUUGGUGUUAACAAAACUUGAAAAACAAAUUGUUAAAAAUAUGGUCUAUUAUGAAUAAUUUGGAUGAAUAUUAAUUUUGUAUUUUCGUGAUAAUAAAGGUGGCCAAAAUA